ACCAUGUGGUUCCUUUGGGGCACAAUUCUGAUUACUCAAGUUUGUUGGAAGAAGUUUGUGCUCAUUUGGAGAGAGAUACACACACAGUUAGGGCUCCGAAGAGAGAAGAAGGAAAAGACGCAACUUUCCCCUUCAUUUUUUUUAUUCAGGUAACCCAGAGCGCUUAUUUAUUUAUUUUUUUUUCUGAAGGAAAGCGCAAACAACAAACUUUGAGGCAGCGCGCUGAAUUUGGAGACGCAUUUUGGGGGGGAAGAGAACUCAACGAUCCCGUUCGAAUUGGAUGUGAAAAGCGGCUAAGGGUGUUAGACAGAGCCAGAGGAAUGUAUCAAAAUCGGGCCGCGGUGCGGGAACGUCUGUGGAGAUGUCCAGCCUGCGCUCUGUGGAUCUCCCUGCUGCUCCAAGGCGUGCUGGACCUGAGCGCGUCCGGAUCAGAGCUUCCCCAGGACCUCAGUGUACUUGCUGCCACCUCGUGGAAUGCCACAGAAGGGGCAUUUAUCCGUCUUGAAGCUCCCAUGAACAACAUAACAACGUCGCUGGGUCAAACUGCAGAGCUUAUUUGCCGCGUCUCCGGGAACCCGCAGCCUGUCGUGCGUUGGCUGAAAAACGAUGCCCCAGUGGUGCAGGAGCCGAGGCGGGUCUCCUACCGGUCCAUGCCAUACGGAUCACGCCUGCGGAUCCGCAACCUGGACACCACAGACACAGGCUACUUCCAGUGCGUUGCAACCAACGCGCAUGGUACCGUUUCCACAACAGGAGUUCUGUUUGUCAAAUUUGAUCCACUCCCUACACCUCUAUCAGGAAGGCCAACGGUGGAUCUGAAUGAAGAUGGAUUCUGCCAGCCAUACAGAGGCAUAGCCUGUGCUCGUUUCAUCGGAAACCGCACCAUCUAUGUCGAUUCCCUGCAGAUGCAGGGGGAGAUUGAGACUCAAAUCACAGCUGCCUUCACCAUGAUUGGAACUUCCAAUCACUUGUCCGAUCGUUGCUCCCAGUUUGCCAUCCCCUCACUUUGCCACUUUGCCUUUCCAACAUGCGACCGGACCUCAGGCAUUGACAAACCUCGAGACCUUUGUAAGGACGAAUGUGAAAUCCUGGAGAAUGAUUUAUGCAAGACGGAGUACAUCAUCGCCCGUUCCAACCCCAUCAUACUGAAAAGCCUAAAACUGCCGAAUUGUGAUGAGCUAGCUGCCUUCGACAGUCCAAAGGCAGCCAACUGUUUAAGGAUUGGAAUUCCCAUGGCUGAACCCAUUAACAAGAGUCACAAGUGUUACAACAACACUGGGGCAGAUUACAGAGGGACAGUGAGCGUGACCAAAUCAGGCCGUCAGUGUCAGCCAUGGAACUCGCAGUAUCCUCACAGCCACACCUUCCUGGCUGUCCGUUAUACAGAGCUGAACGGGGGCCACUCUUACUGCCGCAACCCGGGGGAUACCCAUGAAGCUCCCUGGUGCUUCACGCUGGAUGAAAGUGUCCGCAUGGAGCUCUGUGACAUUCCAAUCUGUGACCAUAAAGACAUGUCAGGUGGCAGCAUUGAUAUCCUCAAGAUUUUAGUUCCCAGUGUGUCGAUCCCGUUGGCCAUAGUUUUGCUCUUCUUCUUCAUCUGUGUGUGCCGCAACAACCAGAAGUCUUCCAGGCCUCCAGCUGCUCGUCCACCGAAACCAGUCCGAGGUCAAAACGUUGAGAUGUCUAUGCUCACAACUGCCUACAAACCAAAGAGUAAAGCCAAAGAGCUUCCCCUGUCAGCGGUGCGUUUCAUGGAGGAGCUUGGGGAAUGCACGUUGGGGAAGAUCUACAAGGGUCAUCUGUACCUGCCAGGGAUGGACCAGGCGCAGCUUGUGGCCAUUAAGACUCUAAAAGAUAUUUCCACCACCCAGCAGUGGACAGACUUCCAACAGGAGGCCACCGUCCUGACCGAGCUUCAGCACCCAAACGUGGUCUGUCUGCUCGGUGUGGUUACCCAGGAGCAGCCGGCCUGCAUGCUGUUUGAGUUUCUGCCACAAGGGGACCUCCACGAGUUUCUGAUCAUGCGUUCACCGCACUCUGACGUCGGCUGCAGCAGCGAUGAGGACGGCACUGUAAAAUCCAGCCUGGAUCAUGGAGACUUUCUGCAUAUGGCCAUACAGGUUUCUGCAGGGAUGGAAUAUCUAGCCAGUCACUUCUACAUCCAUAAAGACCUCGCAGCCAGGAACGUUUUAGUCGGUGAGCAGCUCCAUGUGAAGAUUUCUGACCUGGGUCUCUCCAGAGAGAUCUACUCCUCCGACUACUACUGCAUCCGGCCUAAGACUCUGUUGCCCAUCCGCUGGAUGCCCCCUGAGGCCAUCGCCUACGGGAAAUUCACCACAGACUCGGACAUCUGGUCAUUUGGGGUGGUGCUGUGGGAGCUCUUCAGCUACGGCCUGCAGCCCUACUACGGCUUCUCCAACCAGGAAGUGAUGGAGAUGGUGAGAAAGAGGCAGCUGCUGCCCUGCCCUGAGGAUUGCCCACCAAGGUUUUAUGGCUUGAUGACAGAAUGCUGGCAGGAAGGACCCACACAGCGACCGCGCUUCAAAGACAUCCACAGCCGCCUGCGAGCAUGGGAGGGGCUGUCUUCCCAUGCCAGCUCCAGCACGCCCUCUGGUGGAGGAGGCAAUGCCACCACCCAGACAACCUCGCUCAGCGCCAGUCCUGUCAGCAACCUCAGCAACCCCCGUUUUGCCACCGCCGCUGGGUACCUCUACCCCGCCCAGGCCAUCCCUGGGCCUGGACAGAUGGCUCAAAUUCCAGCCUGGACGCCGAUGGCUGUGCCCCAAACCCAUCAGCGCUUCAUCCCUGUCAAUGGAUACCCCAUCCCACCAGGGUACGCGGCCUUUCCAGCUCACUUUGCAGCUCCGGCUCCGCCCACAAGAGUAAUCCAGCACCAUCUUCCGCCUCCUAAGAGCCGCUCGCCUAGCAGUGCCAGCGGCUCUACCAGCACAGGUCACGUCAGCGGGGUGCCUUCCACCACGGGUUCCAACCAUGAGGCCAACACGCCGCUGCUGUCGCACUGCGUCAUGCCGGGAAACGGCGGAGGGCAGGGCCAGGUUUACGGACAAGUUUCCCAAAAAGGGGUGACGCAGAUUGACCACGGUUCGCAAACUGCAGCUCUACUCACUCCGGACUCUGAUGUGCUGAUGUACAAUGACUCGGUCAUCACCGCAGACCUGUAAACAGGCAAAGGUAUGUUCACUCUCUUCCUGUUCGAGGACCCAUACAUGAGAAGCUCUGCCUCUCAGCCAGGGAGCGCGAAUCACAGUUCAUCUUUGGUCAAAGUGAGACCAGGCAGUUGCAGACUUGUACACACUGCUGGUUGUGCAGAAACGAAAAAAACUUUGCUGCAACUGCAUAAGUAUUGCAAACAGACGUCUGACUUUCCUUACUGUUUAAAGUGUACUUACUAUCAUGGCUUAACAAUGUUACUAUGGUAAUCUCUGUAAAUACAGUACAUAAAAGUGUUGUGUGAAUGAUGAAAAUACGUAUAAAUAUAUAUUCAAAAGAACCUUUUAAGACGCGCAGUGUGAUGGUAAAAAAGAAAAAGUAGCAAGUCCACCCUACAUCCGUUUAAACAGAUUUUAUUUAACCCUGGCAGUGAGUGUCUGUCUCUCUUAAUAGAUUGUUUCAUACAGAGACAUAAACAUUCAUGAGACUUCCUUUGGGUGCCUUGCAGCUAUGCUCCUGAAUACACAUACCGACUCGAGAAAUAAAAUAGUCAAGCAAGACCAACUGUUGGCUUUCAGUGAGAAGAUCAACAUGCUGGUUUCCUACUCCACCCUUUGGAUUCAGGACUCAAGCGUGUCUGGUUGUGUGCCUUCCUGAGAGCUAGCAGUUCUGCAGUGAAAUUUAGAUGGCAUCCACUGGGAUGGAGCUCAUGUUUUAUUGUCAAGGCCAUUCAUCAAAAUCACAGAGAGGGCAUCCCAAUUCAUAACAUAUCCUAGAAAAUGACAGCUGAAUGUUUGCUUUUGUUGUCUCAUGUUGGAUGUUUUCUGUUAACUUACCUAAUUAAUGAGAUUGUUUUCCGUUUUGUCAAAAUUGAGAUUUCUUUGACCACCUUAAAUAACUGUAAAAACCAAACUAUCCCUUUAAACUCUAAUUCCAACACCAACAUUUAGAUAUUCUAUUGACUAAACAUGUUUAGAUGCCUUAUUUAAAAAAGAAAAAAAAAAUCAUUGCUUUCCAGACUUGUAUUUGUGCUUCUUUACUAUUAUUUUUAUGUUUUGAGAAAGGAAUUAUCAUCCAGAAUUGCAAUGUUGGAAGUUGAAUUGUAAAACACAAAGUGUCUCUACCAGAUAACGUCACUUAUUAACCCCAAAAUGUCACUUAAGUAACAUUUUGGGGUCUGCUAUUUAUGUGCGAGAAACAAUAGUAUUAGACGUCAUUGUGUGUUUGAGAGGUGUUUUCUGGCUCUGAAAGAUGUUUUUUUUUCAUUGAUUACAUUCAUGCACCACAUUUUGUUGAUCUAGCAUUUAGUGUUUUGGCAUGCAGGAUAAUAGGUAAGUGACCCUGGAAGCACUGUGGUGGAAAAAUAAAUCAUUUCAAAUGUGUCAAGGUUUCUCCACAUCUAUAUUUAUUUUCAAUGUAUUGAAAAAUGGCUUAGAUUCUAUCUGAUAUUUUUUUCCAAAAUGAAGAAGUAUGUUGUGUAAAUGCUGAACUCUGUCCUCUCUUUUUGUUGGGUGGUGAUGUCAGUUAAUUACUAAAUAUGAAGCCUUUGUUGUACUUUUUUAAGGGUUAUUAUACCUUACGAAGCAGUUUAUCAAUGAUUUUACCGUCAAAAGUCUUCCCUUUUUUGUAUUCGACAAUCCUCAAAAUGUGUAUGUUCAGAUAGAUACUCUCAGCUGUGUGUUCGCGCAAAUGUGUGUGUACGACUAUAAGUCAGCUGCAUUUGAGAGUUUUAAGUGCAGCACAGAAUUUUUACUAACAAAAUAACUUUUGUAUUAAUGCAGAUGAUAAAUAUUAUUCUGUAUUUACUUUGAGGUUUAUUGGUUUCAUUCAGCAUCCUCUUACUGUGAAAAAGGGCUACUGCUUUAACGAUUUCUACAUUAUGAAUUUCAGUAAGAAAAACCGAGUUAACUGUCCAUGAAAUUUUCCACAUUUUGGGGUUUUAAGAACAUAUUUAAUGUUUUGAAGUACAAUAUUGUCUCUGUCUAAGAAGUCUGUCUUUGUAUUUUUGUUUUGUUUCUUAAGUAGACAGAGCUACCUAAACCUGAGUUUGUUCACUUCCACCACAUAACGGAUGUGUGAGUGCAAAAACCACUUGUACACAAGACUGUGAAUCUUUAUCAAGUCUAUUUUUGUUUUGUUUUAUUGGCAAAACCAUCAUAAAUCUGACUUUUUUGUCAUUUACUUUCAAGAACCAACACAGAUUUAUACUCAAGUAAGGUUUACUCGCAUAUUGACCAAGUUAAGCCUUGUCUUUGUAAUUUGUCUGAAUAUUUUUGCACAGGUGCUUUUGUAUUGCAAAAAUCCUUAUUAUUAUUAAAUGAUGUUGGCA